AUGAGACAAGUACAGAAACUCAGACCAUGGUCCAUUCUCAAAUGGGUGUCUUCCAGUUUUCUCGAAAGCCACUCCCCGUCCUUAAAAAUCCGAUCUUGGCCCACUGGUUUCGUCCAUGGCGCUCAUAACCCUAGGCUUUACAGGACUAAACGUCCCGUGCCGGCUGAAGAACUUGCCUUUGUCGCGGAAUCUGCGAGUAGAAUACCCGUCGCUAUUCGUAAGCCGGCGCAGGCUGCAUUAUCGGAUUACUUGCAUUCCACUAGAGGCCUGCAGUUCUUGGAUGCUGAUCACAUUAGUAGGAACUCCCCCUUCUUUCUUGAGAAGCUUGUUAAGAGGAUCGAUGUCGAGGGCGAUGUCGCUCGGUUGGUUUCGCGAUUCUUGCGUUACCAUCCUAUUAAUGAGUUCGAGCCUUUCUUUGAGAGUAUGGGUUUAAGGCCCUCUGAAUAUGCUCCAUUCCUUCCGCGCAACAUUAUGUUCUUGAGCGAUAAUGAUUUGUUGCUGGAGAACUACCAUGUAUUGUGUAACUGCGGGAUUGAGCGCACUAAGAUGGGAAAGAUCUAUAGGGAAGCGGCCGAUAUAUUUCGUCAUGAACAUGGGGUCUUGAUGGCUAAGAUUCGAGCUUAUGAAAAGUUGGGGCUUAGUCAAGACGUUAUGGCCAAGGUAAUUCUUUGUAGCCCCUAUAUUUUGACUGGGGAGGUAAAUUUGGAUUUUCUUAAGGUGAUAGAGAAGUUGAAGGUUUUGGGAUUUGAGUUAAGUUUGAUAAAGGAGCAGCUUUCUGAAAAUGAUUUCUGCAGAUGGAAUAGGAUCCUCGAGGCUUUACUUGCAUUGAGCAAGAUGGGUUACACGGAUGAGCAGCUUAGCAGAUUAAUUAGUCAGCAUCCUGGCCUUCUGUUUGAGGGUUCAGGGCGUUGGAUGAUUUCCCUGGUCGGGUUUCUGUUCAAAUUUGGAUCUACAGUGGAUGAGUUGCAUAAAAUGUUCCUUCAAUUUCCGCACAUCAAAGUUGAAAAAUUCGUUUCAAACUUGAGGUCGAGCUUCAUCUUUUUCUUGGAGAUUGAUAUGGAGGCGGAAGAGAUUGAUAGAAUCAUGCGUUCUCACCCAUUACUAUUGGGUUCAUUGACUUUGAAAAAAGCCAAUAGCUUGUUUACUAAUUUAAAUGUAGGAAAGAAACGGCUUUGUGAAAUCGUCAAGGAAAACCCACAGACACUGAAAAACUGGGUUAUUGGGUUGAGAGUCAAACCGUUAGCAAACAAUGCUGAGGAUGAGAAUGUGCACAAGACUAGGUUCUUGUUAAGCUUGGGAUUUGUCGAGGAUUCAAAUGACUUGAAACGUGCCCUCAAGGUGUUCCGUGGCAAGAGAGGAGAGCUUCAAGAGAGAUUUGAUUGUAUCAUGAAAGCUGGAUUGGAUCGGACAGAUGUUUGUGAAAUGGUCAGAGUAUCCCCUCAAAUUCUUAGCCAGACAAAGGAGGUGCUAGAGAUGAAGAUCAAUAUUCUUCUAAAUGACUUGAAGUAUCCAUUGUCAAGUUUAGUGAGAUUUCCAGCUUAUCUUUCUUUUAAUAUUGAAAGGGUUAAGCUUAGGAUUUCAAUGUAUAAUUGGUUGAAAAAUAAAGGAUUGGCUGAUCCUCUCUUAGCGUUGAGUACUCUAGUUGCAUGCUCAGAUAAGGCUUUCAUUGAACAAUAUGUAAAUCGCCACCCUGAUGGCAUUCAUGUUUGGCAAGAUUUGAAGAAAACAAUUAUUCAUGAGUAA